CGUGUAAAGGGGGGAUUAUAGUAGUUGGUGUUGGAUUUGUUUUGUCAAACAUAACUUUAAAACGUUUGAAAUGUACAAUGGAGAGACCGGAGCAUGUUCUCUGAAUCCCAUUACAAAUUUCACCAGCGACAGAUCUUGAUAUUAUUUAGAUUAGGUUAAAAUGCAUCAAAUUUCAUAAUUUCAUACAAUCUGUCAAAUUUCAUAAUUGUAAGGUUGUUUUCAAAAUAUUUAGUCUAAACCCCCGAAAAAAGUACAAGUAACAUAGUAACUUGAUUACCAAGCUUCCUGCGCGCGAUACAUGCCCCCAGUAAAUGGCCAAUGUUGAUUCUUUAGCUCAUCACUUAGACCAUUUCUCCCGCACAAAAAACAUAUCUGCAGUUAAGAAAUUUCAUGCACACUUUCUGAGAACAGGCUUAUUCUUUUUCUAUAACAAUCUUCAAGCCAAGCUCAUUUUCUCAUACACAAAUUGCAUUCAAAACGCCCACUCAAGAACCCUAACAAAUUUCUUCAAUUACAUCAACCCAACCACCCCAUUACCUUUCAAUACUAUUUUAUCACACUUUUGCAAAAAUGGGUUGUAUUCUUUAGCAGUCGAAACUUGCAGUUUCAUGCAUUUUCGUGGGGUUAGUAUAGAUACAUAUGCUGUAUGUAGCUCUUUAACGGCUUCAAGUUGUAAUAAAGAUGUUAAGUUUGGGAAGUUAAUGCAUGCCCAUGUCGUGAAAUCUGGGUUUGCGUCUAGUGUGUUUGUGGGUAGUGCUUUGGUUCAUUAUUAUGUGAAAUUGUUGCUUAUUAAUGAUGCAGCUUCUCUGUUUGAUGAAAUUCCUGUGAAGAAUACUUGGUGUGUGAAUGCACUUUUGUCGGGUUAUGGGGAAGCUAAAAUGUGGGGUGAAGGGCUUAAGUUAGUCCAAGGAAUGCGUAGACUGAAUUUGAGUUGUGAUAAUUUUACGUUGACAUCUGCAUUGCAGGCGUGUGCUGGACAAUGCGCUAUAAAGUUAGGUAGGGAGGUACAUGCAAAAAUGCUACGCAGUGUUUUUGAUGUUGAACGUGAUGUGUUUCUGCAAAGUUCUUUGGUUGAAAUGUAUGGUAAAUGUGGAUUAGUGGAGAAGGCUUGGCAAGUUUUUAGUAUGGUGGGAUAUGAAAGGGAAGGUAAAAGAAUGUGGGAUGUUGUUUUAUGGACUUCAAUGCUUGGUGUGUAUGGAAGAAACGGUAAUCAUAAAGAGGUGAUACUAUUGUUUCAAGAGAUGUUGAUGGAGGGGAUCAGGCCAGAUGAAGUGGCACUCGUCACGGUUUUAUCAGCUUGUAGUCACACCGGUCAAGUGGAUCUUGGAAUUGAAUAUUUCAAUUUUAUGAAAAGCUCGGGUCUAUCCCCAAUGCCAGAGCACUAUAGUUGCCUUGUUGAUUUGUUUUGCAGGGCUGGUGAGUUGGAUAAGGCAUGGACACUUAUUGAUGGUAUGCCCCAUUAUAAGAACGGCAAGUUCACUGUUUCUUUGUGGGGAGCAUUGCUGAGUGCCUGUAGUGAUUAUGGGAAUGUCUCUUGCGGUAGAUUGGCUGCUCAAAGAGCACUUGAACUAGAUCCUCAAAAUGUUGGAAUAUAUGUUCUCUUGUCAAAUAUGUAUGCAAGGCAUCAAAUGUGGAAAGAAACUGAUGAUCUAAGGGAUUUAAUCAAAGGAACGGGGCUAAGGAAAGAUGUUGGUACAAGUCGGAUAGAGGUCACAAAUUGAAUUGAGGCAGUCGCUUAAAGUACUCUUUAUUCAAGUUGGGUAUCUUUCUUUGUAAGUAUCUGCUUGGUAUUCCGGUCGCUAUCAAAUUUUUGGAAAAUGCUUGGUGUACAGAAUUGUGUACAAAAGUUUGUACAUAAUGACAUGUGGUGGAUUUUAAUCGGAAUAGGCCCCCUGUAUUCACAUCAACAACCCCAAUUAAAACAUUCCACAUCAAUUGCCAUGUCAUUAUGUACAAAUUUUCUGUACACCUAGCACUAAUCCAAAUUUUUUCUUUGUGCAAGGGCGGGCAGGUGGUGAAAAGAGAGCAAGAAAAACAGCAAAGUGAAUAACUGAUCACUCCCUAAAUGUGGCACUGGUGGGUGACAUCUAGACACCAAGCAAUAUUAUCAAAUUGAGUUAAUAAGAGUACCUGGACAUCCAGCUUAAAAGUAUGCUGUAAACCUGGAUUCACAAAGAGGUUGAAAUGUUCUCUGACAUAAGCAAUACUGUGAUUGCUCUUCAAUGCAUUGAAAAUUAAACUUUCAAGCAAAUAAGCAACCAAAAUUUUGGAGAUACAAACACUCCUUUCAUCGUUGUGCUGACAUGGAUUACAAACAUUUUUAUUUGAGAUCAUUUUAGCAAGUGAACUUUUCAGAAUUGAUGUCUCACAAUCAAGCAUUCCAAAAUAAAGUGAGACGUAUUCAAUUGUCCUCUACCAGUCACUAACCUGGUUAAUCAUAUCAGGCCACCAAAUAAGCAUUCCAAAGUAACAGGACCCAAAUAAGGAUUUGAAAGUACUAAUUCAAAAAUGCCAGCAGGAUGAGCCUCACUUUUUUAUAGUGAUUGAAGAAUUAAGUCUAUACCAGGUGAAGUUUAAUUGCCAUAACCCUCCCCCAUCAGGAAGAAUGGGGUUUUACCCCUGUAACUUAACGUACUACUUACUACUAGCUGCUCCAUAUACAAUUUAUGUGUGACCUCUAUCAAGCAAGCAGCUAGUUAGCUUAUAUUGAGAUUUGAUUAUUUUUCAACUUAAACAGAUUUUCGUUAUAUAUAAUUAAGUGCAAAGGUUACUAACAAAGUUGUAUACACUAUCUUGUCUCUGGAAAUCUGAUCAUUAUGGGCCAGGACUUGGAUCUUAGCUGUGAUCUACAAUGUUUCUGUUAAUGAUAUUAGUCGGAUAAAUAGAAAUUAGUGUAUGAGUUGAUAUUACAUGGUUAUUCUACAAUGUAAUGUGAUUUUACCUGUUAUAUUGAUAAUAUGAGAAGAAAAGAAAACCAUAUAAUUCUAAUUAAUAAGGCCUUCUUUUAGUGCUUUUGUUUGGUAGCUACCCCAUAGUGAUUCCCCUGGAUUCGUAUUAUAUAAUUCCCCUCUACACCCUAAUGAACAAGAUGUGCACGUGGAUAUGUAAAGACAUUCAGAAGCAUUGUUCUCCUAGUGUUGUGGUGUAUACUGGUUCUUGAUAGCAACACAUUGCUCUGGAGCUGCAUCAAUUUUUGUUCAAGUAUAACUGUAGAAAUUAUCUCAAGAUACUCUUAUAGCACGGGCAUGUCUUUUUUUCUGACCUCACUCUGGUAUAAUUAUACAACCAAGCACAACAAGGGUGUUGAAUAGCUGCAUUAAAUAGAAACAAACCUUGUCCUUGGGCAUGUUCUCUGUUAUUCCUUUGUAUGCUUUAUAAAGGGGUCUUCUUGUGGUUUUUGAUGGGUCAUCUAUGUGCUGUUAAUGGUCUUCUCUAUUAUUGUUGCUCAUGUCUUUUUUGCAGGUACAGAAUCCUUAUCCAAAAUAAAAACAAUAAAAAGACCAUCUUUGUUAUCUUCAAUCUAGGCGGAUUUAUCCAAAUUGUUGAUUCUUCAAAUAAACAGCUGCAAGUUUGGGCUCGUGGAAUGUUUGUCGUCAAAAGGAACAUGUAUGAGUAGAACAAAAAGGUGAAUACAUAUCUGUCGGACAACUCCAUAUCAAGCAUUAACUCUGUUUAGCCAUAGAACAUGCAUACACAAGUUUUCUCUUCAAUGUGGUGCUCCUUCCAAACCAGUUCCUAAUCAGAUCAUAACUGCUCUGUUUCUGCCUCCCAUUUGAUAGUUCAGUUCAAGGACCACAUUCGGAGACUGGCCCAGAAAAUUCUGCUAGUGGGUACAGAUAUUUAAAACAGGUACAUACUUCAGCCACUAGGCUAGCUGGCCAGAAGUGAUACUUAAUAAAAGUUCAACGUAUAAAAUGAUAUCUGUAUAUGUGCACCAUAAGGGUUUGUUCGUUGAAGGUGUAAAGUUAAACAAACAUCCGGAGCCAGAAAUCUUUUUAGAACCAGGAAGCUUAAUAAAGAACCAAGACCUUGGCAACGUACAAGCUGUGUAAAGUUAAAUUUCGGAGCUACAAGUACCUCUAGAUUCUUACCGUAUGUUUAUAUUGCAGCACAACAAGUACCUCUAGAUUCUUUUCAUGCCCGUGAACAUUCUGAUGUCGUAUAUACGCUCCAAGAUGUAUAAGAUUUAGCUAUCUUGAACCAAAAAUGUAACUGUUGCACUAUCGGUAAAUAUAAUAGCUGCUACAAUUGGUAUCAUUUCUACGUUGCAAAUAUAUCUUGAAAGAAAACAGUGGCACGUUCA